AUGAGCGCAGGCAAAGCAGGCGUCACCCUCCUGCUCCCCCUGGCCCUGCUGCUGGCCACCGCCUCCCAGCCCCCUGGGGGGGACAGCCCGAAGGACCAGGGGGACACAGACCCCCCCUGCUGCCCCAGCCCUUGUGCCUGCAGCUUGGACGACUACAGCGAGGAGCUCAACGUCUUCUGCAGCGCCCGCAACCUGACGCGCCUGCCCGAGGACGUGCCCCCCAACGCCAAAGCCCUUUGGCUGGACGGCAAUAACUUCACCCUGUUGCCGGCUGCUGCCUUCCGGAACCUCUCGGCCCUGGACUUUCUGGACCUGCAGAGCAGCCAGCUGGCCACCGUGGAGCAGCACGCCUUCCACCGGCGGAACCUCGUCUCCCUCAGCCUCAACAACAACCACUUCAGCAAGGUGGAGGAAGGGCUGUUCGCUGGGCUCUCCAACCUCUGGUAUCUGAACCUGGGCUGGAAUUCGCUCGUGGUCCUGCCCGACAAGGUCUUCCAUGACUUGCCCAACUUGAGGGAGCUGAUCCUGGCUGGGAACAAGCUCCCCUAUCUCCAGCACCAGCUCUUCUGCAGCCUUACCGAGCUGAAGGAGCUGGACUUGAGUGGGAAUGCGCUCAAGGGCAUCAAGAUCAACAUCUUUGUCAAGCUGCAGAAGCUACAGAAGCUCUACCUGAACCACAACCAGAUCAACGCCAUCGCGCCCCGCGCCUUCAUGGGCAUGAAGUCCCUCCGGUGGCUGGAUCUCUCCCACAACCGGCUCGUCUCGCUGUUCGAGGACACGUUUCUGGGCCUCCUGAGCCUCCACGUCCUACGCUUGUCCACCAACUCCAUCACCAGCCUGAGGCCCAGGACUUUCAAAGACCUCCAGUUCCUAGAGGAGCUGCAGCUGGGGCACAACAGGAUCCGGAGCCUGGCGGAAAGGACCUUCGACGGGCUGGGCCAGCUGGAGGUCCUCAGCCUCAACAACAACCAGCUACAAGACAUAAGGGUUGGGGCAUUCCUGGGGCUGUACAACGUGGCGGUGAUGCACUUGUCUGCGAACUGCAUCAAGGUCCUCCCUGACUAUGUCUUCAAGGGGGUGACCAAGCUGCACAGCCUCCACUUGGAGCACAGCUGCCUCGGCAGGAUCCGGGCAAACACCUUCUCCAGCCUCUCCAGCCUGCGGCGGCUCUUCUUGCAGCACAACACCAUCUCCGUCAUCGAAGACCAAAGCUUCAGCGAACUGCAUGAGCUCCUGGAGCUCGACCUGAAGCACAACAGGCUGAGCCACCUCUCGCCUCGGCUCUUCGUGGGUCUGAGCAACCUGGAAUACCUCUUCCUUUCCUCCAACCAGCUCCUGGAGAUCUCCCAGGACACCUUCAGCCCGCUCCAGAGACUGUUCUGGCUCGACCUCUCCCAUAACCAGCUGGAGAUGCUGGACAACACCAUCAUCUCCCCGCUGGCCAACCUGCGGUACCUCAGCCUGAGGAACUUCCCAGUGGGCUCCCUGCCCCCCUCCUUGGCCCUGGAGCAGCUGUGGCUGGGGGGCAACAACUGGCACUGCAACUGCUCCCUGAAGGGCCUGCGGGACUUCUCCCUGCAGCACCCCGUGGUGGUCCCGCGCUUCGUGCAGUCCAUGGCCGAGGGGGACGAUGCCCACGUCCCCGUCUACACCUACAACAACCUCACCUGCCUCCCCCCCCCAGCCAUGGCAGGCCUGGACCUCCGCGACACCACCGAGGACAGCUUUGCUCACUGCUGA